AUGGGAAGGCCACCUUGCUGUGACAAAGUUGGUGUGAAGAAAGGGCCAUGGACUCCAGAGGAAGACAUCAUCUUGGUCUCUUACAUUCAAGAACAUGGUCCUGGGAAUUGGAGAUCAGUUCCUACUAACACUGGUUUGCUGAGAUGCAGUAAGAGCUGCAGACUUAGAUGGACUAAUUAUCUCCGCCCGGGUAUCAAACGCGGUAACUUCACUGAUCAUGAGGAGAAGAUGAUAAUCCACCUCCAAGCUCUUCUGGGCAAUAGAUGGGCAGCCAUAGCUUCAUAUCUUCCUCAGAGAACAGACAACGACAUAAAAAAUUACUGGAACACCCACUUGAAAAAGAAGCUGAAAAAGCUUCAUGCAGGGCUUGAUGGUCAUGACCAUCACAACCACCAGGAUGGUUUUUCAGGUAAUUCACAUGAUCAGCCAAUCUCCAAGGGUCAGUGGGAGAGAAGGCUUCAGACUGAUAUCCACAUGGCCAAGCAAGCUCUUUGUGAGGCUCUCUCCAUUGACAAACCAAAUGUUAUUAGUACUACUACUGCUUCUCAUGACCUUCACUUGCAAGACUUGAAGCCCUCCAUUAAUAUAGGUAAUUACAAUAUUAAUGAUAACCCUAGCACUAGCACAAGGCCACACCAUACCUCCACGUACGCAUCCAAUGCCGAAAACAUUGCAAAAUUGCUCGAAAACUGGAUGAAAAACUCGCCAAAGGUUUCCGUUCAUCAAACAAACUCGGAUCAGACCAAUGCUGAUCAGACCAUUUCCUUCAACAACACCAACAACGACAACGACAACAAAGGUGGCGCUACUGCAACUACUAUAGGUCGUUCAAUGAGCACUUCUAGUGAAGGGGCGAACAGCGCAACCACCACGGCGGAUCAGGCUUUCGAUUCGUUGUUCAGCUUCAACUCAUCCCCAUCGGAUGUGUCUCAGUCCAUGUCAGUGGAUGAGAACAAUGCAAAUUUCAUAGCAGAUCAGGCAAGCUGUCUGUUUCAGGAUGAGAGCAAGCCCAAUUUGGAGGGACAAGUCCCUCUCUCAUUGCUGGAGAAGUGGCUCCUUGACGAUACUGCACCUCAUGCCCACGAAGACCUAAUCAACAUAUCAUUAGAGAAUGGUGCAGGCUUGUUUUGAAA